UUUUAUGGGCCGAUAUUUCGUGCAUCUAUCAAGUGAGUUGGCUUACUUUAACGUCCCAACUUGGUCUUCUCGAAACAUAUUUUAUUAAGAUUUAUGUUCAUAUUUGUUUGUGGCCUUCACAAAGAAGAUCACCAAAUUUAAUUUGUCACAUACAUAUCAUUUGUUUCAAAUUUUUAAGCCACAAAACAAUGAUGACUACACCAACAGCUGAGUUUGCCCCGUCUUUGCACGAGUCGCUGCACCAGCUCAGCAUGUGGGAAGAUGCCUUUGAGGGCAGCAUAAGCCCUGGUGCAGGCGGGUGCAUGAUCAUCGAAUCCGACCCUAAAAUAGACGAUAAGAUUGAAUACUUGUCCGACAAAUCAGCUGACCAUGUCGAAGAUAGUCAUGCGUCGCGGAGUAUUUCAGAGAAGAUACAAAGACGGUUAGCGCAAAACCGUGAAGCUGCUAGGAAAAGUCGGUUACGAAAGAAGGCAUAUGUCCAGCAGCUAGAGACGAGCCGUAUGAAGCUGGCACAACUCGAGACAGAGCUUGAGAGAGCUAGACAACAGGCAAGAAAACAUAUCUUUUUCUUUUCAUUUUCUCGUAUUCUUCUUACAUGCGCAUCUUGUCUAAAUUCACGGACAAUGAGUAAAUUAAUUAUCGAACAUUGUGAAAGUUCCGAAUGUAUGACACAGCAGGGCAUGCUUAUGGCAAGCGCGGCUGGUAACAUAGGAUUAUGCGCAACCAUAAACCCAGGAAUUGCUGCAUUCGAGAUAGCAUACGUGCAGUGGAUAGAAGAAGAAGACCGGAAAAUAUCAAAUCUCCAAAAUGCCCUUCAGUCCCCUAUAAGUGAUGCCGAGCUACGCAUGACAGUCGAGAAUGUGUUGGCCCACUACCGCUAUUUGUUCUGCAUGAAAAAAGAUGCCGCAAGAGCCGAUGCUUUCUACUUAGUGUCCGGCAUGUGGAGGACUUCGGUCGAGCGCUUUUUCCUCUGGAUUGGCGGGUUUCGACCCUCUGAGCUCAUAAGCGUGGUAAUGCCCCAGCUGGAGCCGCUGACCGAGCAGCAAAUGGCGAGUGUACGUGGAUUGAGGCACUUGUGUACUCAGGCAGAAGAUGCCCUGUCUCAAGGGUUGGAAAAGCUUCAGCACACACUAGCUCAAGCCAUAGCCUCGUCGGUUUCUGUGGGUUACAGCUGUCAGCCGGUUCUUGAUCGGCUCAACUCUCUAGAAGGCUUCGUGAAUCAGGCGGAUCACCUGAGGGAGCAGACUUUGCAGCAGAUGGCACGAAUACUGACGACCCGACAGGCGGCUAAGGGUUUGCUUGCUUUCGGGCAAUAUUUUCAGAGGCUGAGAGCUUUAGGUUCUUUGUGGGCGGCUCGUCCUCCUCAACAGCCUGCAUAAUAAUAUCGUGUGGAAAAAGGGAAGGAAAAUAAAGAGCGAAAAAAUAGUAGCAGUGAGAUGUGUAGACAUUGUUGUUUCAUGAGAUGCUCGUGAUUUUUGCUAAGGGGCUCAGUUAUAAGAGCUUCAAGUGUUGGGUGUAUAUACGUAUUUUCUCGGUUAUAUAAUAUAGUUUCAUGAGUAUGUUAAUUUGGCACUUCACUUCAAUCUUUUAAAUUUGUUUCGUCGACUUUCGAAAAUGCCCAGCUAAGACCUGUCCUGUUCUGUCCUGUCACGAACUUCUCGUUCGCAAGCCCACAGGUCGGAGGAAUAAAAAUUUCUACGAUUCUGCCAAAAAACUUACAAAAUUACGAAUAGCCCUUCAUACAGGCUUCUGUUCUGCACACUGUAUCUUUAUGGGGUGCAUUUUCAAAACAAGCACAAACUUAUUAACUGAACCAUAGCAUUCAGUUAAUGAGAUUUGUUUGUUAGCAAACGAAACUGAGAGACUCCAUUUUAUAAUACCUUCACUCAAAAAUGGGAUAUUUUGUGUCUAAAGUAAGAAAUAUGUGGCUUUGAAGAUGCUUUGCCAAAAUGAGAUGGGGCAUUUAUGUAGGCUUAGAGUAUGAUAAUGUUUGGCAUAUGCUACAUAUGAAGAAACCCUGUCAGCAUGUUAGACAUGCAACUCAAACCAGCACCAUAGAAACACAAGCAAAAAUGGAAGAUGAAAUACAUAAAUUUAAUUGAUCUAUAAUCAUCAGGCAUAAUAAAAGAAAAAAUAUCCUACUUGAACAUCUCUCCCAGUUAUGAGAUUCAUUUCCCAAACAUAUAAAUGUUUACACAUAAGCUCAAAUUUGACUAUUUCGAAUAUGUCUGGUUUUGUAGACAUCUCAAAUAGACGAAUCAGCAAUCUUUACCAAAGGAGACUUGAGAGGGCACAACGUUAGAAAAUAAAUACGAUUACUGAAGAAGAUUUCCAUUCAAAUAUCAAGACAAAGGUCUUCCAAAUGAUGUUAGAAAAUUUGAGUAAAUUACAAAAUGUGGACAAUUUCUCAAGCAUGAAAGUGUUGCGAGACAAAAUAAAUACGAUUACUGAAGGAAUUGAUAUAAAAAGCCUAGUUUAUGGUCAAUCAUGAGUUUUCUUUAUCAUUCAUUCAUCUCCUGCUUCCUUUUCCUUACAUCAUUCUUUUUAUAUCCCUAAAAAAUGUAUCCAACCACUCUGCUCACGACAAUCUUAAUCCACAAUAUGCAACAAACUUGAAUCUGUUUUCUGAUACGGUUUCUAUAAGUCUCUAACAGUCUAACUGGUUAUGUGCAUUCUUUUUAUUACCUAGAGCUCAUUGAUUGAGGUUUCAACAAAUAUAUGAGAUUAAUAACUACAGUACACACCUUGUCAAUUAUUUUCAUUAUCGAAUAAUAUUCUCUAUAACAUGGUAUAUGCCUACAUCAACUGUUGAUGCUUGAAAACUCAAUGUCCACAAGAUUUAUGAACCUUGCCAUUAGAUUCCUAGAUAACCAGAAAUGUAGCCAACAUGCUCAACAGUCCAAAAGGCAAAAGCUUCUAAUGAAUUCCACAUUCUUUUUGUGUGUUUUAGCAUUGAAAGGGGUAUCAUGAUCUCACCAAUCACCUGUAAAUGUUUGUACUCAGAGUCUAUUUUCCCUGAGCUAGUUUUAGAGGGCAAUGGAGAAACACAUUUGAUAGAUUCUCAUCGGUUCACGUUUGUCACCGAAAGUCCAAUAAUUGGACUAAAACAACAAAUAAACAAAAUCAAAACAUCCCUCAAAUGUCGAACAAUUUUUGCCUGAACAUCUUCCACGAAAAAACUAGAGUAUGAAGCAAAACUCAUCAAAUUGAACAUUAUAACUCAGAAAGCACAAACAUGUUACAAUAAUUAGCAGACUCAAAACAUCACGAAAAUAAGCUAAUAUUCCACAAUAUCUCUUAUGAAAAUCACGACACCAUUCUCAUGAAAAUUACACAUACCAAAAAUCGAAAACAAUCUUCUGUCAUCAUAUGAACUUUCAGCUAAACCUUUCUAAAAAUAAAGCUGUUUACCAGCGUGAGUGCCUGGCGAGGGGGAUUAUUCUUCAGGCAAUGGUUCGGAAGGCCGGAAACUCGGAACUCUGUCGGGGGCCGGAGAGAAGAAAAGUGAGCUAAUCUCGACCUCGUACAUGGAGAAGACGACUGCGUUUUGACAGCGAUAGAAGCUCCGGCGGUCACUGAAAUCGCCAUUUCUGCUCCUUUAUUCUGAUUUUGAAAAAA